CCGGCUGUUGUAUGUUUUUUAUCUUCUAUUCUUUUCUCUUUUUCCCCCACAAAUUAUGUUGUCCGCGACUACAAAUCUCCUCAGAACACAGAUCCGGACCUCAAAUUUCUCCACUUUGCAGAGUGUAAUUCCUCUUGCAAGAAACACCAUACACUCCUCACUCCGACUCUUUGCGCAGAAAUAUCAGGUUCAAAGAAUGACCUCAUCAGACCGAUCAACAAGUACCCAUGAAAAAGCAUUAGUAGCGCUGGCAAGAUUAUCUAGACGCGAUCCACCUCGGCAUCCAUCUAAGCGCACCCCUGACAAGGAAUCUCAUGAUAAUCUUGCUGACCGCGUUGAGAAAGCUCUAAAAGAAGCUGGCUUGCGCACCUGUGGCUCCCCUAUUUAUUGAUGCACCUAUCAAAAUGAUUCUGACUGGGCUGAAUUUCUAGAUCGGUACCAAUGGCAUAUCUCUGACAUGCUUAAAUACUAUAAUGCUCUAGAUAUGCUUGAUAGCCUUCAGACUACUGCCUUCGAGGACUGAGCCCUUUUUGAAGGUGCGAGACGGUGACAAUCCGUGAGCAUUUCCAGAAAUGGGCAAUGACUACUAUUUAGGAAGAGUUAGGCGGCUUACCUGAUCUGAUUUAGUACUCAAACGUUGAAGCGGCGCGUUAUUGGUUCUAUCUUUUUGUUGAUG